AUGUCUCCUGUAAAGGAUGGAAGUGCUGAGCCGCACAUAUCAGCUGUUGGGUGCGAGGUAUCGGUAAGAGUACUACCUCAGGUGAACUUGGGGAUUUUGUACAUGGGUGCUAAAUACAUAUUGCACAAGGGCCAAAAACAUUUGAACACUACUAGGAGCUCCCCCGAUCCCCUCGCCAGCUCUAAGCUUGGAAAUAUACAACCUUCGAUCGGCGGUAAUAACGAAGCCCCGUGCAACAAGGUCAGGUUUAGCCUUUCCUUGGAAGUCUUGAAACACAGGCUUCUCGCAAAGCUCUCGCCAAAGCCUCAGCCAGCUGAUUCCAAAACAACCUCGACCCAGAAGAUCCUCUCAAAGCUAUCUGAACAGCAGCUUCUGCUCGACAAACAGAAGCAUCUUCUGACAACAAACAAGGUCGUCUCUACAAGCCAUGGGGGGCACGACAGAUGUUCUAGCUUACCACCUCAGUCUGACUCCUUCCAAAUUUCUGGCACAGCGGAAACUUCUGGCUUAGAGGCUUUAGAUGCUGAGACUUCCGAAGUGUUGCGCUUGAAACAAGAAUUACUGGCAGCUAAUUCGAAAAUUGCUUUGCAGGAGCAAGAAUUAGCACAAACCCGUGUCAUCAAACAUACUUUAGACCAAGCACUUGGGCCUCCUUCUGAAGCCGACUUCAAUGGCCGUGAGAUUACUGAACAGACCAUCAGCAACUUACAAAGUGCUUUUAAUGCUUCCAUUCCAACAUCGAAUUUGUUCCAAGACGGAUGGAAUGCACAGGAUGAUUCCCACUCAGACGUUUCGGAUGCCCUCUCUGCCGGGGCCUACAACAGAGCCAGAGGAUUUUGGGCUCCUCCAACCCAACAAGCCUACGGAAUGAGCGUCAACACAGAUAAACCUUACAAUGACACUUUACCCUUGCCUGGAAAUUCAUUUGGUCAAGAAUCUGGCAGAUUCUGGGGUAAUUCAACGGCGGGUCCUAGUAUCGCCGGAAACAGCUCUUUUCAGCCUCAUCGUGUUUUAUCGGGCCCCUCCACUGCUCCUUGCAAUUUCGACACGUCGUUCUCCGAGGAACAGGGUAGAUAUAUCCAAGGCCCCGGCUUUGGACCACGUCACCCCGCGGCCCAGGCAAGCCGUGCCGGGCCCUGCUUUCCUGUACAGAGCUCUCCGUGGCCCACAUUUGCUUCCAGCUCGUCAGAUAAUAAUGGUGCGAGAUCACCUUCCAGCAAGCAAAACAGCAAUUAUCAACAGGUUGGACUAUAUCCUAUCCCUCCAUAUCAUCAGCGGCCAGCUGCGUCUCCGCUCUCACCAACGGCGAGCGAGUUUACAAACCCUAACGCUAAUUCAGUACCCUGGUCAACUUCAUCUGUUGGUGGGAGCUCCUCCCAGACAUACAUAUCGCCACUUGAACCACUUAAUUAUCGCCGCCUUCUUGACAAGAAUGUCUCAUGCGAUUGGAAGUAUAUCGUGGACAAGAUUGUUUGCAACAAUGACCAGCAAGCUUCUAUCUUCCUCCAGCAAAAACUUAAGGUUGGAACAACGGAGCAAAAAUUCGAUAUCAUCGAAGCCAUUAUACAACAGGCUUAUUCCCUUAUGGUGAAUCGUUUUGGGAACUUCCUUGUCCAACGCUGCUUCGAGCACGGCACCCCAGAACAAAUUGUUGCAAUUGCCAAUGCCAUUAAGGGAAACACGUUGAGUCUUAGUAUGGAUCCUUUUGGCUGCCAUGUGAUUCAGAAAGCCUUUGAUUGUGUGCCAGAAGAACAUAAGGCUGUUAUGGUACAUGAGCUUUUGCGCAGAAUACCGGAGACUGUGAUUCACCGAUAUGCAUGUCACGUUUGGCAGAAGCUUUUCGAGCUACGCUGGAGUGGCGAGCCUCCCCAGAUCAUGGCGAAAGUGAACGAAGCUCUCUGUGGCAUGUGGCAUGAGGUUGCUUUGGGCGAAACGGGCAGUUUGGUGGUUCAGAACAUCUUCGAGAAUUGUGUUGAGGAUGAGAAGCGCCCUGCUAUUGAAGAGGUGUUGGCAAAGAUUGACGUGCUUGCUCACGGCCAAUUUGGAAAUUGGUGUAUUCAACACAUCUGUGAGCAUGGUGCUCCACAUGACAAAAGCCGUGCCAUUGAGCAUAUUCUUCUUUGGUCCGUUGACUACAGCAUGGAUCAGUUUGCGUCUAAGAUUGUAGAGAAAUGCUUGAAGAUCGGUGGUGCUGAAUUUCUAGAUCGUUAUCUUUCUCGAGUGUGUACAGGCCGAACUGAUCGACCAAGAAUGCCACUGAUUGAUAUUGCCGGAGAUCAAUAUGGCAAUUAUCUCAUUCAAUGGAUCUUAAUGAAUGCUGCUCCUCACCAGCGUGAGCUAGUUGCCAGCCACAUCCGUAAACACAUGGUUUCUUUGCGCGGAUCGAAAUUCGGCUCUCGCGUGGCGAUGCUCUGCUGUAAUUUGUCCCAUGCCACUCGACCAGGACCCGGUACUGGCGUCCAGAUUGGUCGUUUCAAUAGUUUCAACGAAGAUCGUUUUCAAGCUGCAAAUCAGAAUGGACCCCGGUUCCCUCGUGGAAAUCAGUGGAACCCUAACUAUCCUCCGUUUCGUUGA